UAAAUAUAUAAAUAAAUAAUUAUAUUUACUUCUCUACUUCUAUAAACAUAUGGUCGUGAUUCUAAGAAAUAUAUAGAACAUGUUUAAUUAAAGUUUCUAUAGGUAUUUGUGUUAUAACAACAGUGUUUUGAAUUUGAAGGGAACAGCUGAUUAUCUGAAAACUUAUCAUUUAUCCACAUUUAUCAUUUCAGUCUUUGAACCAACAAUUUCACUUAAAAUUCAUAUCGAACAAUGUGAAGUGUUAUUGCAAUGAAUUUACCAUCAGCAAACAGUGAAUAAACGGUUUAUACACAUUUUAAAAUGCAUGAACAAUAUUUUUUCUUUAGCAGUGCCCUAGGGACUUAUUUAAUAAAAGGUAUAGACGUUAAAAGUCCUGGAGCUCUAAGUGCAGUAUGUGUUUUUGUAGGAGUUAUGGCGUUUAUAUUUGAAUAUCUAAGAUUUUUACAGACAAAAAGUAAGCAAAGGGAACUUGUACUACGAGCGAAACAAAUUAAGCAAUUAUGCCCUACAGAAAGUGCUACAUUACUGGCAAAAACAAUUACAAAUCCUAGAAAUCCUUUAAAUAUUACUUUAUUUGAUAGAAUACUCUUGUUUGGAACAGAAGUUUCAUUAUGGGUCUUGUUACAAAAUAUUGGAUAUUUGAUAAUGUUGUCUGUUAUGCUCUAUGAUGCGUGGCUUUUUAUAUCAGCUUUAAUAGGAGGUGGAUUUGGUUAUUUUAUUUUUGGCCAGAAGUUUAUGAAAAUCAAUCUAGAAAAUUGCCACAUUAUUAGAGAAACUUAUUGCACACAAAUAUGUGGAGAAACAGAUGUUAGUGCGUUUACUGGAGAACCUUCACAAUCUACACCUCCUUUAGAAAGUGCAUCAAAUUCGCAGGAACAAUUGCCUGACUGUCAUUCAAAUCCAUCUCAAGAGGAGGUGAACGUAACUGUCCACAGGGAAUGUCAUUAAAGUGUAUUAGUAUAGAGGUUGUAGAUAUUUUUUAAAUAAAUAAUUUUAUUAUUUUAUUAUAGUCAUAUUUCAGUUUUUGGUGUGACUGAAACUAUAAUAGUACAGAGGCUGUUGAUAUUUUUAACCAAAUAAGUAAUUUUAGUUUUUUUAAAUAAGAUUUCAGUGUUUGGUGUGUGAUUUAUUUAUAUAUACGGUUAAGUUGUUUUUUCAAAUUUAUUCGUCAUGUUUUCAGCUUUGUCUAUGAUACAAAAUGAUUAGUACCCCAUACCCCAGAAGGCCCGGCCUGCGGAUUUGGCCUGCCGAUUAGAUCUUUCGACGUUUUGUAGCAGUUUCGGUCUGGCUCGCAAUCUUUUAAAAUUUCUGGAAGUUUUAAUCACUCAUAUUUAAUAGGUUCGGCGUUCGUCUAUGUUUUUUAAGAAUGAACAACAACCGAAAACGUAUUAUAUUGUGUAAGAGAGACCUACUACUAUAAUAGGCUUGGUGCAUUUCAGUUGAUUUCAACAAAUUCCGACCGCAGCGCUUCAACGGCAAAAAUCAGAAAUUAUCAGUAUCUAUUUCACUCCGCCGCGCCGUCAUGUUGAUC